AUGCUAUUUAAGAAUUUUGUUUUACAAUCUUGUGUAUUUCAUAUUGAAUCAACUUGUUUUUCACAUAUUAAUCUUUUACAGAGAAGUGCAGAAUUGUUUGAAGAAGUAUGUAGAGUCAAAAUCAAUCCUGAUGGUGAUGCUGUUCUUUGGGCUGAUAGAGAACAUUCAACAUUUAGCACUUGCUUUAGAUUAAGCAAAUCAUCUGAGGAAGAAAGUAGUGAUUCAGAUGAAGAGUCCCAAGUAUUUGAAACAGAAAAUGCACCUAUUGUGUUGUCAUCAGAAGAAAUUAAAAUGGAUGUGGAUAAUCAUGAAGCAAUAUUUGAUGGUGUUCCCAUGGAUGUAGCUCCUGUUACAAUUCCUAAUCCUUGGGAAAGUACUGAAACAACGAGUUCUGAUGAUCAGGGUAACUGGGCAGAUUUCAGUAACUUUGCUGCAUUUGGGGCUUCCACUUCUGAGCACUCUGAAGCAGUUUCUGUUGCUAUGGAAACUUCUGAUAGCGCCACUUCAUGCGAAAAAUGUGUUACAGAUACCAGUCUUGUGUCAUCAGUAGAAAAUGUCCGUGUAUCUGAAGAACUGGGUAGCCCAAGCAAUGUUGCCUUGUCAGACAGACAAAAGUCAGGAGAGAAAUCUGGCUGUGAAAUAGGUCCUGUUGGUUCUGCUAGUACAUUGUCUAGUGAUAAAGGUGGAGUAAGAGCUGAAUCUUCUAACAGGCAAAAAGAUUUGACAGCACUUUUUGAUGAGGAGACAUGCUCUGCAACUUCAGUUCAGAAUGGUCCUGUUUGCGACAGAAUUGUCUCAACUUCAGCACAAUUUCCUUAAGAGGUACACUGAAAGAAAAACAGCUUAUAAUUUUGCCUUUAUAGAAUUAAAAAAAAUAUGCACUGGAAUAUGUGACUAUCCUGACAUCCUAAAUAUGAACAAAAUAUGUUUUAUGAUUUAAAGAGGGGGAAAAAAGGAUAUGUAGAUAUGUCAUCAUCCUAUGCAACAUGAAAUUGAAGCUGGAAUUUUGAAGUCAUGGCAAUGCUAAGCUUUAUUAGUUUAGACUGCAGUUGAUUUAAUGUCUAUGAAUGCACAUUUGCGCUAAAUUGUUUCUUUGAAAUGGCAAAGCUGGAUUUUGACAUUUGUUUUGGUCAUGAUGUAUUUGUUAAAAGAAGAAAAACUGUUAAUGUGUGAAUAUUUAUUUUGUUCUGUUUGUAUGUCAUUUUCAUUACUUAAAUGUUAAGAGAACCAUUUAUCUAUUCAUUAUAGUAUGAGAAAUUAUCGAGUAUUUUCAAAAAUGAUUUUUUUUAAUAAAAAAAUGUAUGUGUGUGUAAUUAGACUACGUCAUUUUAUGUUCAAAGGCGUUUUCAGUUUAUAUUGCUAGCAAUAUGGGACAUUAACAAACUUGUAGAAUUUAAUACUUCUGCAUUAAUUAGCUAUUUCAAUUUUUCUCUAUGUGAAUAAGAAGAAAUUAUGACGAAAAAUGAAGUGAAAAAUUUUAAUAAAGAUCUAAUCAUCUAAUUUAAUCUGUUUUAUUUAAAUCUGUUUUAGAUGAAAAAUAAAGUAAGAAAUUUGAAUAAAGAUCUAAUCAUUUAAAAUAUUUAAAUCUCUUGUUAAUAUUGGUGACAAAUUUUUGCUGAUCUCUUUGAAAUUAAUAAUUUAUUAGUGUUAUUAAUUUCAAAAUUAAUAAUGUUAUGAUUUGUGUAAUUUGCCAUUUUUCAUUUUUGUAAUCCUGUUGGAACCUUUUUUCCUGUUUUUAUUUCAAUAAGAAUUUUCGUGGAUUCCAAUAAUACUGUUAUUUUUUGUAUGUGAAUAUGUUGGUCUGUAUCUUCAGUUAAAAUCUGGCAGUAAAUGUUACCAGAUUUUUAGCAAAUUAGGGUGAUUUCAAAAUUUAGUGGGGAAGUAAACUAAUUUACUGUUCUGAAAAUGCUUUUUCUUCCCCUCCCUAAAAAAUUUCAUGUGAUGGUGUGCGAAAUUCUACCUAUAAAUUUUAUCUCCCUGGAAAGGUUUCGUAGCAGUACUACUAUAAUGGCUUUUUGUGUUCUUUUAUUUAUUUCCUUUUUAUCCAGUUUCACUACCUUAAACAUUUUAAUUGAAAAAUAUGGGCCAAUUUUGUUUAUAAUGGAACCAUAUGUAUUAAAAAAUUAUAAAAUAUUUCUGGGGAGAAAGUUUUCAUUUUUAAAGUAACUAGUAUUUUCCAUUUCUUCACUAGCUAGUUGGAAUCUAUAAGAAAGUUUUUUCUGCAUGAUAAUGAAGUAUUAAUAACUAUCAAGAUAUUCUACAGCCAUGAGGGCUUGAUUUAAGAUACGGUCUGAUGCUAAAAAUACAUUAUAGAGGCUGAGUGGGGGAGAAAGCGGGAUUUGCUUUUCCUGAAUGGUUUGUGUAAAAUUAAAAUUGGGCAUAAUUUAUGCUUGUUUUUCUAUUUAAACUGAAUUUCAAAAUUAUAAGCAGAUUGCAGUUGAAGUGUAUGUAUUUAAAAAAAUUCAAAAUUAUUAUUUUUUAUAUUGUACAUUUUUAGAUUCAGUUUCCUCUCAUUUGUAUAAAAUAUAAAAAUUUCAAAACACCAUUGCAUGAAGCAUUUUUUAAGAUGUGACUAAAAACUGUGAUGCUUGUUAAUAAGCAUUUAUUAGUAAACCUGUGUUAAAUCUUUUAAAAACUGAAAAAUCUAUUUUUCAGAGUGAUAAAUUAGCAUAUUAAUUAUACAAAUAAUUAGGCAUUUCAUGUAUCUGUUUGCAUCUGUUAUUGAGAUUGUAGAUUGUUUGAAAUAGAGCUUGUAAAACUAUAUACAUUUCUGGAAAUUCUAGUAUGUGCUGUUUCAUCAUGAAAUAUGGCAUAUUUAUUUUUCAUUUAUGCCAUCAGUUGAAAAAUGUUGUACUAUACUUAUUAUUAUUCAUUAAGCUUGUGUUUAUUUUAAUAAUUUCAGUAGUGCAGUUUUACCCUGUGUGUAAACAAAAAUGUCAUGACACUUAGUGUAGCAUCAAUAACAUUUUCGUUCAGCUGAAUGAAAUGCAUCUUGAGGAAAAAGGAAAUUAUUGUAUGCAAAAUAUGUAAAUAUACGAGCUAUAUACAUAUUUUUCUGAUGUAAAAGAACUUAUGUAUAAAUUGUAAGGUGUACAUAGCUUCUUGUUUGUAUAGUUGAUGAUCUAAUAAUAUUGAACUUAUGAGGGAAAAAAGGAAAGUGUGUCUGAUGUAUUUUUUCCGGAUGUUUGAUCUCAGUUUUAUGUAUUUCCCCUUCUCUAUAGUAGAUGGGAAAAUAACAUGCAUGGAAAAUCAUAGCUUUGCUUCACAUUUUAAUAUAUAUGUCCAAUUUGAUCAUCUGUGAAUACAUAUAUGUGAUAAGCCACAAGCAUCAUAUUGGGGGGAGGGGAAAAUUUUAUUUUUGAUUUUAGUGAUCAGUAACUGCUCAGUUUUAAAGUAGUUUAAGCUGCAAAUACCUGGAAUUAUUUCUACAUAUAGAUAGCCUCUAAUUCAGUAGAUACCAAAAACAGCUAUUGCACUUUUAUAAGUAAAGCAGCUGUGACACUAAAUUACUAUACAAUACUAUUACUGAACUGACUUAUGAAAAGAGGGUUAGUUGUGUACAAUUUUUAAACCCACCCUCAAAAAAUGUGUGUUUGAAUAUGGUGUAUUGAUGAAUUAAAUUAUAUAAAUAAUUAAUAUAUUAUAAUUAAAUUAUUUUGAAUAUAUAGUUAAAUUAUUUUGAAGCUAUUGUAUAGAAUUAUUGAGGAUCUCAUUAAAUUAUACUUAAAAUAAAUAAUUCCUAUAUCUUAAAGCAAUUUUUAUGUACAUGCAUGGACUAAAAAAUUUGGGAAAGUCUAACAUUAAAAAAAAAAAAAAAAAAAAACUGCUAUGCCUAGGGUGACAAAUUGUGGGUUCAAAAUUCAGUAAACAUAAAUUUUUUAAAUUUUUGAAUUAAAAACAUAUUUGAAGAUUUAAUUUUAAAUGAGACACAUGGAGAGGUGUCUCUUUUAAAAUGAAACAUUUACCACUAAUCAAAAAGUUCGAGAAUUGGGCUGUGAAUAAGUAAUGUGUAUAAAAUUAUUAUGCACUUGUGGCAUCACUAAAUCUGCUGGAAACGCUCCUGGAUGGCAUUUUAUGGAACAACAUGAAAUGCUGUUGGUGAUUUCCACGAGUUGAAAAGUCCAUCUAUGCAGAUGUUAUGCUUUGUAUGCUAAAAGAAACAUGUUGGAAAGUGACAGGUGAAGAGAACUUGUCAAGAUUCUUGUGUAUAUUUUAGUCGCUUGCAUAAAAAUAUAGCAAUGUACUAGAGCAUCAUUAUGGAUAUUAAGCAAAUUGUUUUACUAUAAGUUGAGAACUCUCAUGUUAUGAAUUCAUACAAGUGAUAAAGGAUGAAUGUGUAUGCUGUGUCAGAGCUCACAUAAAGCACUUGCAGCAUGACUGCUUUUCAUGAUGUCUCUUUUGGUUGGGAGACCCAUAACCACUUUCAAGUACGGAUUGCCAUUUUGUUUGCAGAUUCGUACAGUAAAGUCCCAUAUUUCAUCUCUUUUUAUGAUACAGAACAGAAAUGUAACACCAUUGUCAGUGUUUUCUAUCAGAACUUCACUUGUGGUCAUCCUCUAUUAACACUAGUUUUCUUUUAACCUUUGUGGGAACUUUGGGAUGUUAACACUAUUUUCUUUCAGAAUAGCAUGGCAGAUUCCAUUAAUAAUAUCUGUUGUUUCUGCAGUGUGAUCAAUGCUUUACAUACCAUUUUUAUGGUCUGCCCAAUGCAUUCCUGAAUUUUCUUUGCCAUUCUGAUUGGCAUCAGUUGCCCUGCAUGCGCUUCUUAGGACGGAAGUCAUCUCGCUUGUGAGUUGCCCUGCAUGCACAUCUCAGCAGAAUCUCUGACCUUCUGUGAAAUGCAGUUAUGACUUGAAAAUGCAAGCAGAUCAUGGCUUUACCAUAAAAGUUAUGCGUAAGCUUUAGGUAGCAGAUUUGCGUGAUUUUUUCAAAAACUUGAUGUUUGUUUUGUUUCAGUUGUGGUAUACUGCACUUGAUUGUCUGCUUGAUCACCUUACACACAAUGUACUACUUAGCAUGCAUUGUUUCCUUAAAAACUAACAUUUGGCUGUAUUUCACAGUGCAGUGAGUGCAGCUACCUAGAUGACUGUUGUUGCAUCACAUCUCAGUAUUCUCAGUUUUACACCUUGCAUUGAAUCCUCGAACUUUUUGAUUGUGUUGGUAUCUGUCUUGCCUUUCUUCCUAAGAUAUUUAAUCACAUGCUGAUCCAUUAAAUUGUUUUUGCUUGUCUUUUAGAAAGGAAAAAAAAAAAAAAAA